CCUUCUUGUUGCUUCUCACGCUUCUUUCUAAUAACUCAAUGUGCUUUACGUUGGGCACAAACAAACUACCUAAAUUCGCAGUUGAAUUCCUAUUUACAGAAUCUCUUGAAACAUAAUAAAUUUCUGGCGGGGUUACAUUUCCCUUGCAUGUAAAUUUCACUGCAAAGACGCGUUUUUUUAUUUUUAUUUUUUGUUGUUUCAGUGGAAUGUGUAAUUGUAUAUGUUGCAUUAAUUCGAUGUUUUGCAAAAAUUAAAUCACAAGACAUUUGAUAGAGGUUAAGGAUUUUGGACUCAAUGGCGGAAUCGACUUCGGGGUUCUACGGAUUGGAGGAGACAUCCCCGGACUUGCUGAAGAAUACGCCGUCGAAUAUAAGGAGGCUGGCAGAUGAGAUUGAACAGUGCGAGGGUAGGAAGAAGUACCUUGCUCAGACAGCAAGUCAAUCCGAUGGAGGUGAUGUCCGUUGGUACUUCUGCAAGGUUUCUUUAGCACUGAAUGAACCUGCUGCUUCUGUUCCACACACACCGAUAGCAGGGCACGGUGAUUAUUUUAGAUUGGGCAUGAGAGAUUCUCUAGCAAUUGAAGCUUCAUUCUUGCAGAAUGAAGAAGAGUUACUGUCUUCAUGGUGGAAAGAGUAUGCAGAGUGUAGUGAAGGCCCAAGAAAACAUACUAGUAAAUUAAACUCAGUGUUAGUAGAAUCUUCUCCUGAGAACUCCGAGUCAGCCAAACUGUAUGCGGCAGAAGAAGAGAGAGUUGGUGUUCCGGUGAAGGGAGGCUUGUAUGAGGUAGAUUUGGCAAAGAGACAUUGUUUUCCUGUUUACUGGAAUGGAGAAAACCGCCGUGUAUUGAGAGGUCACUGGUUUGCUUGUAGAGGAGGAGUUGAUUGGCGUCCACUCCGAGAAGAUGUUGCCGAGCAAUUGGAGUAUGCAUAUCGCUGUAAGGUUUGGCACCGCAGAAGCUUUCAACCAUCUGGACUCUAUGCAGCUCGAGUUGAUCUUCAAGGCUUUACUCCAGGACUACAUGCUCUCUUUACAGGAGAAGAUGAUACAUGGGAAGGCUGGCUGAAUGUUGAUGCCUCUGGUUUCUCAGGUGUUUUUCGUUUUGGAAGGAAUGACAUUAAGUUAAGACGUGGAUAUGCUCCAUCACAAUCGAUGAAACCAACACAAGACGAGUUACGUCAGAAGAGGGAGGAGGCAAUGGAUGAUUAUUGUUCACAGGUCCCAGUUCGCCAUUUAGUAUUCAUGGUCCAUGGAAUUGGUCAAAGGCUGGAGAAAUCUAAUCUGGUGGAUGAUGUUGGAGAUUUCCGUCAUGUCACAGCAAGCCUUGCUGAAAGGCACUUAAGUUUAUAUCAACUUGGCAAACAAAGAGUCAUCUUUAUUCCAUGUCAGUGGAGAAAAGGCUUAAAAUUAAGCAGUGAGAGUGCAGUGGAAAAGUGCACUUUAGAUGGCGUCCGCGGGUUUCGUACAAUGCUGAGUGCAACAGUACAUGAUGUGUUGUACUACAUGAGUCCCAUAUACUGCCAGGCUAUUAUUGACUCGGUUUCCAACCAAUUAAAUAGGUUAUAUUUAAAGUUCAUCAAGAGGAAUCCUGGCUAUGAUGGAAAGGUUUCCAUAUAUGGUCAUUCACUAGGGAGUGUUCUAUCAUAUGAUAUUCUCUGCCACCAAAAGAUACUGUCCUCUCCGUUUCCGAUGGAGUGGAUGUAUAAGGAAGAAAAUGAGAAGAAAGUGUCAUGCCAUGACAAGAGCGUAGUAUCUCUUGACCAGAAUUCAGCCUCCAAAUUGAAUGAUGAAAGCCUUUCUAGCAACAGAAGAAAGGACAUGGCGAAUAUGCUAAGCAUUGACAACAUGGACGUAGAUAAAUGUUGUACAGAUCUGGUGGAAGAUAGUACUGAAUUCAUAUGUCAUCCGAUCAGUCCGACUGCAUUGUCAGACUCAGAUGAAGCUGAUGUGAGCAAUAUCGGUAACAUGCUACCUGGUGAUGGGAAUGAUUUGGGCAUUGACCAAGACAUAACUUGUGGUACUCCUCAAAUAGCAAAAUGCGGAAUUACUGGGUCUGACAAAACAAAAGUUGAAGGAGAAUCAGAGAGUGAUAAAGAAAAAAUAAUUAUGUCAUUGAGAGAAGAGAUUAGUUUGCUGACAGCCAAAAUCAGAGAAUUAGAAUUUGAGCAUGUACCUCGAGGGAAUGAGGGAACAGAAACAGAUACAACUAAUCAUUCUACACGGGAAAAUGCAUUGUCGGAGCAAUGUAAUUCACAUAAGAGUUAUACUCCCUUCAUAAAAUACACGAAGUUGGCAUUCAAGGUUGAUACAUUUUUUGCAGUCGGAUCUCCUCUUGGAGUUUUUCUCUCUCUGCGCAAUGUUCGCAUCGGAAUAGGCCAAGGGCAAAAAUAUUGGGAAGAAGAAAAUAUUAAUGAAGAAAUGCCAGCUUGUAGACAAAUGCUCAACAUAUUUCACCCUUUUGAUCCUGUGGCAUAUAGAAUUGAACCGCUCGUAUGUAAAGAAUAUGUUAACAAACGACCAAUCAUUAUUCCCUACCACAGAGGUGGAAAGAGACUGCAUAUUCAAUUUCAGGAGGUCACUGAAGGAGUGGCUUCAAGAUCACAUGCUUUUGUCAACCGCAUAACCUCUGCAGGGGUUAAGGUGCUCACACUCUGCGAGUCAAGAGAAAAGGAUGAUGAGGAAGGGGAAACUCAUGAAGCUGAAGUCGAAGCAGAUAGGUCAUAUGGUUCAAUAAUGAUAGAGAAGUUGACGGGAAGUGAAGAUGGUCAGAUUGAUCAUGUUUUACAAGACAAAACAUUUCGCCAUCCUUACAUCUCUGCCAUUGGAUCACAUACAAAUUACUGGAGAGAUCCUGAUACUGCACUUUUCAUCCUGAAACAUUUGUACCGGGACAUUCUAGAAGAUCAUUCACCAGAUGAGUCUUCAGACAGCCACUCAAAACUUGGGAGCGACGCAGGAUACUGGUAUGACCCUAAUGAAGAGGCCGACGAAGAAACUCCCUUGACUUUCGCCAACAAAGACUUUUUGAAGAAAUUUUUUCGUAGGUCAAGAAUUACUAAAUCAUGACAUUUACCUUCUUGGGGAAUGGGAAAAUUCUUUUACUUGUCAUUGUGGAAAAAAGGUUCAAAGGUGAUGGCUGUGCAAAUCUUAAGACAAAACCCUGCCAGAAACUACAUAUGUGCGAUUGAUGAUUGACGUGUCAUAUUAUUAGUGAGGGUUUUACAACACUGUUGAUUUGAUGCAACAUACUGUGUGUGUCAGUGUGUGUGUGUAUGUACAGUAUAGUGCACGACUUUAUUGUGGCAUGCAACUCAAACUGUAGUGUCUCCAGAAUCUGUUAAGAUUGUAAGCAGUGCAAGAAAAUAGGUUAGCAAAUACUCCCUACAUAUAUUCCCGGUUUGACUUACACAUAUAUUGUGGAAUGUUCCCGGUUUGACUUACACAUAUAUUAAGGAAAUAAACUUAUCAUGGGG